GUUGUAACUACCCACAGUGUCUGUGAAUCAUCAUUAUGGGAGGAUGAAGCAGCAAGCUACCAACAGUUUAGAGUUUAUUAAAACCCCUGAAAAACUGUAGUUUGCCUAAGUGAAUUCACAGCCAUCAGCCACUGCCAAAGAGCUCAGCUACAGGGCUCCUGUCCCAAGCAAACGCAACGCUGAUGCAUGUUUUUAGAAGAGAUUUUUAAUCUCCUGAUGGCAAAACAAAGUUAGCGUUCUACAAACAGUACAAAGUUUACCACAGGAUUGAGCUUUACUCUCUGGUGGUUGCUUAUUGACUGCAGAAGAAACAGAAGCUACUCAGUGAAAAGACUUCCUCAAAAUCCUGUUUGCAGGCAAGCUUGAAGGAGAGGCUCUCACCCCCUGCAGCUUUCCCUGAAAUCCCAAAGUUCCCUACACCUCUCUCAGCAAUGGCUAUGGUGUGUCUUUCUGACUUUGAAGCUUAUGCUAAGAAGUAUUUACCCAAGAUUGCCUGGGAUUAUUUUGCAGCUGGAGCAGAUGACUGUACCACACGAGAUGAAAACAUCCUGGCAUAUAAAAGAAUUCGUUUCCGGCCACGGAUGCUGCGGGACGUGUCUGUGAUGGACAUUAGGACUAAAAUCCUGGGUUCUGAAAUCAGCUUUCCAGUAGGAAUUGCCCCUACAGGCUUCCACCAGCUAGCCUGGCCUGAUGGAGAGAAAAGCACAGCCAGAGCGGCCAGAGCGAUGAACACCUGCUACAUUGCCAGCACCUACUCCACCUGCACGCUGGAGGAGAUCUCUGCGGCCGCGCCCGGCGGCCUCCGCUGGUUCCAGCUCUACAUCCACCGCAACAGGGCAGCUUCCCAGCAGCUGGUCCAGCGGGCGGAGGCUCUGGGCUUUCAGGGCCUCGUCCUCACCGCGGACCUGCCCUACACAGGCAAGAGACGCGACGAUGUCCGCAAUGGUUUCCGCCUGCCUCCCCACAUGAAACUCAAGAACUUGGAAGGAGCCUUUGAGGGAGAUGACAGAUCUGAGUACGGGCUGCCACCCAACAGCUUGGAUCCCUCGGUCACCUGGAAUGACCUGGAAUGGCUGCGGAGCCUGACACGCCUGCCCAUCAUCAUCAAAGGCAUCUUGACAAGAGAAGAUGCAGAGCUGGCAGUGAGACAUGGAGUUCAGGGAAUUAUUGUGUCCAAUCAUGGUGGAAGGCAACUAGAUGAAGGACCUGCCACGAUUGAUGCUCUGGUUGAGGUUGUGGAGGCAGUACGAGGCAGAGUCGAAGUUUAUGUAGAUGGUGGAAUACGAAAAGGAAGCGACGUGUUAAAGGCACUGGCACUGGGGGCAAAAUGCGUCUUUAUUGGAAGACCAGCUUUGUGGGGCCUGGCUUACAAGGGUGAAGAAGGCCUUCAGGAUGUCUUGAGAAUUCUGCAGGAUGAGUUUCGCUUGUCUAUGGCCUUAGCUGGCUGUGCCAGCGUCUCAGAGAUUGGCCAACACCUGGUUCAGCUCUCAAGGCUGUGAUCAGCCUCCUGCCAUGCCCACCAAACAGAGGCAGCUGAAGCUAAGGUCCCAACCAGACUGAAGACGAAAAAGGAGGUGCAAAAAAUAUCUGAUAAGGCCUUUUGGAGACUUCUGAAGAGAUUAGGGAAGGCUCUGUGUUAGCAAAGGCUGCGCUCAGCUUUUGUUGAGACCAAUGAAUUCCUUAAUAUUUUGGGUAAUUGUUACCUGCUUAAAUACAUUUGCUUUAA